CAGCCAUCAUUUUCCCCUCACUUCAGAUUUUCCAGUCUCGCGAUAGGCGCUCGUUAGCGCGGCCGCCAUAUUGUGUGACAGUAUUUUGAUUCGUAUCUCUUUGGAAGUUAGGAAGGAAAAUAGAAAAUAGGGGGGAGCAGAGGGGGGACGAAGACGAAGAGCUGUCAGAAGAAUUCCCGAGUCUCCGAAACGGCGGGGGGGCCGCGGCACUCUAUCUCCCCCCGACUGAACCACCAAAACAGAAAAGGCCCGUGUAGUAUUAUUCACCCCCCCCUCCCCUCCCCUCAGCGAAGCCGCUCCUCUCCGCCUUUCUGUCGGCACCCCGGCCCAGCGGAGAUCCGGUGGCGGCGUCUCGGGUAUUGAAGGUGGCCCGGGGAGCGGCGGCGGAGACGGUGAGAAAGGCCCUGCCGGUGGAUCGGACGGGUUUGGGGGACGAAAUUAGGCGUCUAGGUCUAAGCCGUCAAACGCAGAAGAUGCGCGAGCUGUGGACCGGGCAGUGCCACGACUGAGGCCCCAGGCAGCUGAACGGAGCAAUCGGUCCUGACCCGGCUGUACACGAAUGGCCCAGGGAAGCCAGCAGAUUGACAUCCAGGUUUUUCACGACCUGCGCCAGAAGUUUCCCGAAGUCCCAGAGGGGGUCGUGUCCCAGUGUGUGCUGCAGAACAACAACAACUUGCAUGCCUGUUGCGAGUACCUGUCCCAGGUAAGCACAGGAUACCUGUACGGCGAAGGAAACCUCAGCUUCCCGGAAGAGCCCGGCCUGUCCAGACUCCAGAAUCACAUGACCCAGUUGAACCUGGGCCUGCAUUCUCAGAAUGUGCAUGUGUCCCCGGCUCGGGACAGCCAGAGGAUGAACGGCAGCCGGACUCUCACACACAGCCUGAGCGACGGGCCCCUGCAGGGGUCGCAGCCCAGUGGGCACUUCCUACAGCCCGAGCCGCAGUCCGCCCCCGCGCAGGUGCCUCCCAGCUUCAACGCACUUGGCGUAAUGGACGCUGCCCGAAAGCCCCAGCCCCCACAGCACCUGGGUCUCUACCAGCUGGGCAACAAGGGACAGGCACCCCGCUUCAACCCCAUAACUGUCACGCUGGCUCCCAACAUCCAGACAGGCCGCAACACGCCCACCUCGUUGCACAUCCACGGUGGGCCCCAGCCCAGUCUCAACAGCCCCCAGGGCAAUUCCAUCUACAUCCGGCCGUACGUCAGCCAGACUGCCACGCCCAGGCAACAGCUGCAGCAGCAGCAACAGCCUCAGGCGGCCUGGUCCCCGUACAGCCCCGCGACCCAGCAGCAGACCUACCAGAUCUCGCACCCGUCCCCGCUGCCCGGCGGCCGGGCACUGCCCUGCCAGCUCGGCUCCUCGCAUACCUCAGGGCACACGGCGCAGGGCCACCAGACGUCCCACGUCUACAUGCCCAUCAGCUCUCCCACGAACCCGCAGGCCCCCCCCAUCCUGCAGGCGCCGGCAGCCUCCAGCGGUCAGUAUAACAUACAGGCCAUCACAACGGGCCCCCGCAAGAACCAGAUCGAGAUCAAGCUGGAAUCGCCCCAGCGCAGUAACUCCGCCGCCAUCCUGCAUCCCGUCGGUGGUGUUCGACCUUCCUCGUCCGCCUCCGCCGCCUCCUCGUCCUCCUCCUGCCCCUCCUCAUCCCCCAUGGGCACCAGCACCUGCUCCACUGCACCCUUGUCCAUCAGCGGGACAGCCCUGAACCGCAGCCAGCCCACCCUGUACAUCUCCCCCAGCCCUCCGUCCGCCGCCACCGCUGGGCCCGACGAUGCCGCCGCUGCCCCCUCUGCCUCCCGCCCCCAACCCAAGUUCUACAUCUCCGCCAACGCAACCGGCGACGAUGCCGGUGGACGCAACCCCACCGUUUAUAUUUCUGCCAAUUCUGCAGGGCUGCAGGGCCCUGCUGGCGGGCGCGGUGUCGCGGGACAGGUCAGCAUGGGCCCCGCGUACAUCCACCACCACCCGCCCAAGUCCCGCUCUUCGAUGGGGGCCAGUGGGGCAGUGACCUCCCCCCGUGUAGUGGUCACCCAGCCCAACACCAAGUACACUUUCAAAAUCACCGUGUCCCCAAACAAGCCGCCGGCUGUGUCCCCCGGGGUGGUCUCCCCCACCUUCGAGGUCCCCAAUAUGCUCAGCCUUCCCUCGGAACACUUCGCCGAGACAGACCCCCAUCACCUGUCGGACCCGCUGACGGCGCACAGGGAGAGGCCCAGCGAACCGCGCCGGCUCAGCGUCAGCUCUGACGACGCCGCUUACACACAAGCUCUAUUGAUACACCAGAAGGCUCGGAUGGACAGGCUGUGCCACGAGCUGCAGCUGAAGAAGAAGAAGCUGGAGAAGUUGAAGGAGGAGGUCAACGAGAUGGAGAAUGACCUCACCCGCAGACGGCUCCAGAGGUCCAAUUCCAUCUCCCAGACACCCUCCAUUGAGGAAAUGCAGAACUUGCGUUGCAGAAACAGGAUGCUGCAGAUUGACAUUGACUGCUUAACCAAAGAAAUCGAUCUCCUUCAGACAAAAGGACCACACUUUAAUCCCAGUGCAAUUCAUAACUUUUAUGACAACAUUGGAUUCCUAGGUCCUGUCCCACCCAAACCCAAAGGUACUUUAUCUGUGGGGCCAGAGUGUUUGGGGUCUUUAGACAGGAGGGGAAGGAAAAUUAAUGUCACCUCCAAGUUAAAGGAGCCCUGUGGCCUCCCUCCUGCGCCCCCGCUCGAGUCCAGUUCAAGGACCCCAAAGACUGUAGCAGACCAGGAGGAAGACGAAGGGAUGCAGUGGAGCUGUACGGCCUGCACCUUUCUGAACCACCCUGCUCUCCACCGCUGUGAACAGUGCGAGUUCCCACGGCACUUCUGAGCCAGGGGGCGCCAGAGGACUGCGGCCCGUUUCCCUACCGCUGCCUGCGAUUCGCUGAGGAACGGGGAUUUCCAGAACAUGGACACUCUGCAAGGAUUUAUGAUUUAAAAUUUUUUUUAUUUUUAUUUUUUGUAGAAUGUGGUCCGCUGAAGGCUUGACUGGAUCGUGUUUACAGGUUGUGUUACUUAAGGCAGCAGGCCCUGAUAAUACCUCACCUUGGAGUCGACAGUAUGUGCAGGGCCUGCUCCCUGCUGUCUGGGGAAUCCUCAUGCUCGGGGGGGGCUGCUCGCCACUUCUGCACACAGUAUUAUGAGUAGUAAUUUUGGCGCGAUCGCAUGUGCGCACACACACAUACACAUGCGCGAGCUCUCUCACUCACUCCUCCAAGGUGUUCAUGUUCCUUCGCCUUUUCUUCUGGGACAGAGAAGGACCCGGGGAGGGGCCUUGGCUACGGCACUGCGUCUGACGGGAAAACAAACCAAUACACAGAUUUCCCUCUCCCUUUGUUGGACUAUUCUGGCUGGUUUCUUCCCAGAGGAAGAUGGGAAGAAUGUUUUCCCGCCACCAAAAUGUUGCCUAGUGUCCCUUCUGCGUCAGAUUCCGUUCCUUCGAUCCACAGUUAAACCAGUCGACGUAAACGGCAUGCUUUGUAUGUACAGUCGGAUUAGUAGCCCAGUUUUACUGUACAUAGUUUUAGAACGUGCUUUAAACGCGCAACUCCUCACGCUAUGAAUCACUUGUAUUUCCUGUAAGUAUAGCAUAAUAGACUUUUUUCUUUUUUUUUUUUCCAACCAAAUAAGCACGUUGUCCCUUUCUAAGCUUUUUACUUGAUAUCUGGGAGAAGUGAAUCUUUGCAUAACAGAAGAGCAAUAAUAUGAAACUAUGCACACUUUCUCCCCUCUGAUCUGCUCGUCGGCCCUGUAAAUGUUCAUUUUUACCCCUCCUGCCCAACUGCGACCUGUGGAGAAGCUGGGGAUUUGCCUUGGGGGGGGGGCAAAAGACAUCAGACUGGCUGGGAGCCUACGGAGCGUCACAAGCCGCCAUCUUUUCUGACAACUGGAAUGUAGGCUUGGCUUUUUGGGAUGGGGGGGGCUUUUCACUCCUGUGCGGAGCGACGUCGCGUCCUUUGCGGGACGGUGGGCCGGAGAUGGGGACGUUUGGGGACUGAACUGAGGACUCAUCUUUGGAAGGUGGCAGGUUUUAGGGGCUUUCGGAAAAGGGACGUUUACUAUGCCAUAUGGAUUGAGAAUUAGAACUUGCCAUUUGUAGAUUUGUACUUUUUUUUAGGUUUUUUUUUUCGUUUCACCAUGUGCCUUUUCUCUUCUGUCUCCAAAAUAACAAAUGCAAUGUUAAAGUGAAACGGGAUGUGACGAAGGUGAAGGUGUGUAUAUAACCCCUAUUUGUGACCCCCACCCCCCCCAGACGUUUCCGUUUGUCCCGUAAAGCUUUGACUUUGGUAAUGGUUUGAUGAGAAUGGUCGUUUACCCUUCCUACCCCUGCAGAGAUCCGUGGAGUCUGUCACCUCUUCAUAUGCCAGCGCACAUUUUUAAUUUGAAAGUUACAUUGGUGAUUCUGUAACUCGGCCAUACAACUGCGAGAUUAUAUAAAGUUUUUUUUUAAACGGAUCUUUCAGUCACGGAAGCCAACCGAACAGCUAAUGCCAGAGUCUUUACCGAAGCACUUGCAUCAUGCUCUGCUUCCAAUAGAAGUUUUCAGCUUCAUUACAAUGAUUAAAUGAUUUGGAUAUCUAAAGUUGUUUUUGAGUUUAGUUGGGAAAACGGUCUUUGUAACAGAUAAGUUAUUUGUAAAAAUAAAAAUAAAAAAUCUA